AUGCCCCGGAGGACCCAGAACCUCAACUCCAUGGCCCGUGGCCGUGUGCGGGCGUCCAUGAACAAGUACAAUCUCUUCAAUUUGUACAAAAAACCAAACGUAAACUACCAAGGAAAGACACUCUUCCAACAGAAAUGGACCGCCAAGGCCGAGACAAGAGCCUACCAUGGUGAGCAUUUGACUGAAGGGCGCUGGAAGCAGUUGUUCAAGCCAAAUCUCGAGUCUGUGGCCCAGCUUGAUGCCUCGUUGAAAGGAAUGGACGUGGCGUUGACUCCCAUGCCGUUGCAAACUUAUGCUGCUUUGGAGAAAAGAUUGGAGUUUGCCAUGUUUAGAGCUAUGUUUGCGUCUUCUGUGAGACAGGCAAGGCAAUACAUUCUCAAUGGGUAUGUCAAAGUGAAUGGGGUGAUUAUAAAACACCCUUCUUUUCCAUUGAAAAGUGGAGAUAUCUUCAGUGUGAUACCUGAAAAAGUGUUGACUGCCAUGGGAAGAACCAAACCCAGCGUUCAAAAAGCCAUAAGCGUAGACUCCACCCAGAUUGCUGCCUGGAACAAGUAUGUCAAGACCGCCAAGACGAAUCCACAAGAAACAUGGCAGCUCAAACAGGCCAAGCCCAAGUCGCUUGAUCCGUUGAUAGAACAGGAGUCUUUGACCCACAAAGAACAGGUCAAGCGGUACAAUGAGCAGAUUGAGAAAAGUAUGCUCGCCAAGCAAAAAUCCACUACUCGUGACACGAUUUUGUCUCGCAUCAUUACUCUCGGCAACCAAACGGAAGAAGUGUCUCCCAACACCUUUGAAGAAUUCGGCAAAGAAAACAAGGAAAAGUGCUACAAAGCAUACACUUUGUUGAAGGAGAACGAUCAUGCUUUGUUGAAGGACUCUUCAGUUGAAUCUGCUGCUGCUUUCAUAUCCAAAAAAGCGCCAGAUUUUGGCUCAAAAGAAGAAACUAAGCUUGCGUCGUCCAUCAAACAAGUUCUCUCUGAAGUGGUCAAAUCGCAGCAUGAGCACAUUCGUAUAUCUUCCAACGAGUCCAAGCUUCCCGAAGACAUAAAAUCCAUUCCAUUUUCUCCGCAGUUUGCUGAAAACUUGCGGUUUCAUCCACCUUUGGAAAAAGAAGCCAUUCUCGAAGACGAAUCCAAGGCUUCCAUCAACCUUCCAUGGCAACGCGGUCUCUUUGGUCGUCAAGACCCUGCAAAACCCUACUUUACUCCUUGGACACCUAGACCCUUCAUUGGGUGUUUUGCCGUAUUACCUUCACAUCUCGAAGUGUCGUUCUCCACCUGCCAUGCCGUCUACUUGAGAGACCCAGUAGCGAGACCCGGCCACUCUGAGGUUAUCAGUCCGUUCCCAGACCACGUCCACGAACGGGCGUACAUGUACUAUGCUAGAAAGGGCAUGUAA